CCACCUCUGAUGUCAGAGCUGUUGAUGUGUGUGUAAAGAGGGAGGGAGCCUGAGCCUGUUGCUCAUAUCAUCAAAUGUGCCGCCAGCGCUCUAGAAGCUCCGCAGCCUGUUGAGGGAUCGGAUGGAGUUGAAAUGCUGAACUGCACACUGAAUGUUUCCUUCAAAAUAAAUCUCAUGAACAAUCUCAACUACAGAUGAACUAUGGUCACUCUUUGAGAGGAAGCGCUGGACUCCAGGCAUGUGACAGCCGCUGAGGUGGAGGUGGCCGGGUGAAAGAUGACUUUACUGGCAGGCGAUGGUUCGGAUUACGACUACAGCGCUUUGAGUUGCACCUCGGACACCUCUCUGAACGCGCCGCCCAUCCAGGAGCAAGAGGCCCUCAAGGGCGUUUAUUACAAACGGGCACAACGACUGCCUCUGACCGACCCCGGCAUCCCCGAUGCUCUCCAUCCAGAUGACAACGGCAUCCUGCCGUCCUGUGGCCAGCGGCUGCACGUCAUCAUUAACGUGGGCGGCCUGCGGUACCAGCUUCCCUGGACCACGCUGGAGGACUUCCCCCUCUCGCGUCUGGGCCAGUUGCGUCUGUGCAGCAGCUUCGACGAGAUCAUGCGGGUGUGCGACGACUACGACGUGGCCCACAACGAGUUCUUCUUCGACCGCAGUCCCUGCGCCUUCCGGACCAUCCUCACCUUCCUGCGCGCUGGGAAGCUGCGCUCUCUGCGCGAGAUGUGCGCCCUGUCCUUCCAAGAAGAGCUGCUCUACUGGGGCGUCCCAGAGGAGAGCUUGGAAUGGUGCUGCCGGCGACGCCUCCUGCAGCGCGUGGAGGAGUGUGAAGAACUAGAGCGGGUGGUGGAGGAGGAUGAGGAUGACGAGGAGGACAGUGGAAGCGGAUUGGCCAGGGAGUCUCGUCUCGGACACUGGAUGGGAAAACUAAGAGACAUGGUGGAGAAGCCUCAUUCCGGCCUUCCCGGGAAGAUCUUCGCCUGUCUGUCGGUGCUGUUCGUCACCAUAACAGCUGUCAACCUUUCCAUAAGCACCAUGCCUGCCAUGAGGGAGGAAGAGGAGACUGGCAAAUGCUCUCAGAUGUGCUACAACAUCUUCAUCGUGGAGACAGUGUGUGUGGCCUGGUUCUCGCUGGAGUUCACGCUGCGCUUCAUCCAAGACCGCAGCAAGCUGGCCUUCCUCCGGCAGCCGCUCAACCUGAUCGACGUCAUAGCCAUCCUGCCCUACUACAUCACGCUGGUGGUGGACAGCACCUCCACGGGCGAGAAGCGCUUGGGCUCAGGCAACAGCUACCUGGACAAAGUGGGCCUGGUGCUGCGCGUGCUGCGUGCGUUACGCAUCCUCUACGUGAUGCGGCUGGCGCGCCACUCGCUGGGACUCCAGACGCUCGGGCUGACGGCGCGCCGGUGCACGCGGGAGUUCGGCCUGCUCCUCCUCUUCCUCUGUGUGGCCAUAGCACUUUUCUCGCCACUGCUCUACCUGAUCGAGAAUGAGGCCGGGGCCACGCGAGAGUUCAGUAGCAUCCCUGCAACGUACUGGUGGGCUGUGAUCACCAUGACCACGGUGGGUUAUGGCGACAUGGUGCCGCGCAGCAUCCCUGGACAGGUGGUGGCGCUCAGCAGCAUCCUCAGUGGGAUCCUGCUCAUGGCGUUCCCCGUCACCUCCAUCUUCCACACGUUCUCGCGCUCUUAUGUGGAGCUCAAGCAGGAGCAGCAGCGGCUGCUGCAGCGCAGGACUCACUUUCUGCUGCGCAGCCGCAUCGCCGGUCUGGGCAGCAACAUGUCACUGGAGAGCGACGUGCUUUUUCCUAGUGUCUCGUCGGAUCACAAAAUCCACGAGGAAUAGGAGUACACAAACAUGGAGGACGCUAAUGAACACAGAAUAUAAAGCAGGUGUCUUCAUAUCUUGAAUGUCGUUUUACGCAUUGUCCAUCAACAGUCUGUUAAAGGGAUUUAAUUUUCAAAACUGAACAUUCUAUUAUCAUUUCCUCACCCUAAUGUCCUUCCAAAUCCCUAAAGGUCCUUGCACACUUGAGUCCAAAAAUGUUUUCAUAUUUGUCAUUCUUUCCUAUCAAAAUGCUUGCUAUGGAUGCGAAAACGCAGAAAAACAAACUGAUACAACAUUUUUUAUAACGGACGAAACUUUCAGAGGCAGUGUGUUAACCUUAUUGACACAAAGUGAG